UCUCUCUGGAGGAAACACGCCGACACGUGCGCGCGCUGCCACCCACGGCUCGCGCGCACAGAUUAAUCAUAUCAGGAGAGCGAGGAGAUGCUUAGUCCGGUGUGAGAUACCCUACACUGCUGCUGUGCUGUCGGUACCGGAGCGCGCGCACGCACACACACACACACACGCUCCUCGGUAGCUAUCACACACAGGAGCAGAACCAGGCUGGCGCACACACUGGAAAGAAGGGAGCGGGGCACACAUGUCAGACCGCUUCAAGCAAGGGGGAUCCACCGGAUUGAGGACCCUCCUGCGUUAACGGGACCCCGAACCGGGUCGACGCAGAGCGGGGAGGGGGGCGACACCGGAUCGGAAUAGUGUCAUAAACGAAGGUGUCACCUGGCUGCAGCGGGAGGGAGGAGAGGGGAGGAGGGCGGGAGGGACCUCCUGUCGGAGCCGUGCUUUGGGGGGAACGAGUCCAGCUCGCGCGCAACGGAGAGUCGGCGCAAAGUUUCCUCGAUGGCGCUGGUGAUGGAGCCGGUGAGCAAAUGGAGCACGAGCCAGGUGGUGGACUGGAUGAAAGGUCUGGACGACUGCCUGCAGCAGUACGUGAGCGUGUUUGAGCGUGCGGGUGUGUGCGGCGAGCGGCUGCUGAGGAUCAGCCACGCUGAGCUGGAGGAGCUGGGCGUUUCUCGUAUCGGACACCAGGAGCUGAUUCUGGAGGCCGUGGACUUGCUGUGUGCUCUGAAUUCGGGUCUGGAGACGGAGAGCGUCAGGACUCUGGCUCAUAAGCUCGGCGCCUCGGCUAAGAACCUUCAGAACUUCAUCUCCAGCCGCCGCCGGAGCAGCCAGUUAGAGAGCAGGAGCUCACGGCGGCUCCCCAACGAUCUUCUGACCUCAGUGGUUGACCUCAUCACCGCCGCCAAGAGCCUGCUGGCCUGGCUGGACAGGUCUCCCUUUGCUGCAGUGGCAGACUACUCAGUUACCCGAAAUAAUGUCAUUCAGCUCUGCCUGGAGCUCACCACCAUUGUACAGCAGGACUGUACGGUGUUUGAGACGGAGAACAAAAUCCUUCAUGUGUGCAAGACUCUGUCGGAGGUGUGCGAGCACAUUGUGUGCGUGUCGUCGGACCCGCUGGUUUCCCAGUCGGCCCACCUUGAGCUGGUUCACCUCACCAACAUCAAAACCUCAGAAGGCCUGGGAAUGUACAUCAAAUCGACCUACGAUGGUCUUCAUGUGAUCACAGGAACUACUGAGGGGUCUCCGGCCGACCGCUGUAAGAAAAUCCACGCAGGAGAUGAAGUCAUUCAGGUUAAUCACCAAACUGUGGUGGGCUGGCAGUUGCGUAACCUGGUGGGUUCUCUGAGGGCCGAUAAAGGCGUCGUGUCCCUGACCCUGAAGAAGCGUCCACAGAGCACACUUAGCUCCGCCCCCGCCCUGUUGAAGAACAUGCGCUGGAAACCCCUGGCUCUGCAGCCAACCAGAAGUCCAGGCAGCGGCUCGGCCACACCCUCGGGCACACCCACCAAAAGCUCUGCCCUCCAAGACCUUUUCAUCCCCCCUCCACCUGCUGAGCCCUACACACCCAGAGACGAGACGGGAGCUUUGUCGACGGAUGAGGCACCUCGUAACCAUGGUGGCCUCAGCGCCGCUAAGCGCUCCGAGUCACCCAACUCAUUCUUGGAUGAAGAGUCUCGCCGGCAAGAAGAGGACGAGCCUGUGUACUGCACCACGCCCACUUACGGCAGGCUGAGACCCAUCUCCAUGCCUGCGGAGUGCAACUGGGUGGGCGACUACGAGGACCCAGCCAAGUUCAACAGAGAAACCCGCAGAGACGCUUCUCUGAUGCGUUAUGUGGGAUUGUCCGGUGGGGACGAAAGGACCGGCUCUGAUGACUACUCCUCCCACACGGCUCGCCCAGGCAAACGCUCCAAUGACACGGCUAAGCGUGCCAAGAGGCGGAGCCACCACAGCCAAAGCCCCUCCCACUAUCUUUUUCAGACAAACCAGAGGGAUUCACCGCCCCGGGACCAAGCCUCUGUUUAUCAUACGUACCAGCAGGCAUCCUCUUUGCAGGCAAAGAACAGGAAGAAGAAUAAAGGGCGGGCUUUGGCCUCUCUGAGUCGGCGGCGUGUUUCCUGCAAGGCGCUGGGCAGAGGCGACUGUGAGGGCUGGCUCUGGAGAAAGAGGGAUGCUAAGGGUUACUUUUCUCAGAAAUGGAAGAAGUACUGGUUUGUGCUGAAGGACAACUGCUUGUACUGGUACAUCAACGAGGAGGAUGAAAAGGCAGAAGGUUUCGUCAGUCUUCCAGAGUUUAAGAUUGACCGGGCCAGUGAAUGUCGGAAGAAGUAUGCUUUCAAAGCAUGCCACCCCAAGGUCAAGAGUUUCUACUUUGCAGCAGAUGGAGUGGACGACAUGAACAGGUGGUUGAGUCGCCUUAACAUGGCGGCGGUGGGGUAUGCGGAACGGGAGAGACAGCGCCAGGAACAAGAUUACUGGAGUGAGAGUGAACAUGAGGACGACACCACCUCCAGCCCCAAACAGGACAGUCCUCCACCUCCAUAUGACACAUAUCCACGACCUCCAUCUAUGAGUGCCUACUUGGAGGGCCGGACUCGACUGUCCUCUACAGAGACAUCUCGCUCUCGCUCUUCCCAGGAGGAUUUCCUAUGUAGUGAACCCCCGGCGGCGGCUGCAGAACCGCAGUACCAUCCAGGCCCUCUGGGGGGAGGCACCACACACAGUGGGAGGAAACCCCUGGGCAGCAGCAGCAGUGAUGUGCAGUACAGAUGUGAUCCUGUGGAGUACCGUUCCAGUCCUGCAGGGGGUAGCAGUGAGACAGGAUCUCCAGGUCGCUCUUCAUCCUCUCAGAGACGCUCUUGGCAGGACCUGAUUGAGACGCCGCUGACUGAAGCUGGACUACACUACCUGCAAACUGGACCUCUUGAGGACGCCGUCUUUGCCGAGCCAGGCCCGGGAGGUGGUUCGAUGAUGGCCGGAGCCGUUUACACUCUCCCUCCACAGAGGAACGUCCCGUUGCCAGUGGCGAUGCAGAGGCUGAUUCCUAUGGCAACCCAGGGAGGGAAACCCCGCAGCUUCACGCUACCCCGAGACAGCAACCUACACACACUCCUCGCUCCGCCGAUGAGAGAAGAGCAGCACACACACAACGCCGGCAGCGAAGGUGCAUCUCUUGGUGACCUGUUUCGAGCCUGCGAGCAGGGCGGAGUCUGUCCUUUAGGACGGGGGUCGGAGGUCAGAGAUCAAGCGGAGUUCAGGCAGUCGUUCCUCCGACGGGCCGAGGACCCUCAGCUCAACGAUCGCCUGCACCACCUUCGCAUACUAACCUCUACGCUGAAGGAAGUCCCGCCCCUGGACGCAGAGCUCCCAUCGGGAUGUUCAAAUUAGCCUGAUGGAGAAUGGGAACGAGCAAUGAGAACGUUUCAAGCCUCUGAUGAUCAAUGUCCACUUUCUCCAUCAAUGUUAGGCUUCUCAGUGUCCCAAACCUCAUGUUUUGCUUGUGGUCACUACUACCCGAUCAUCACCAGUCACUAAAUGGGACUAGUGUGUUUAUGAAAAUUGAGACACACACUCCGAGCCAAUCAAUCUGCCUGCUAACUCGGUGUUCUCUGCUGCCUGCGCCGACAUCGCCUCACGGGUUUGGUUUUGUACUGUAGUGUAUAUAAACCUGUAAUGUACAGCUGUACAGACACGACGACGUAGAGUUUAACAAUAUCGGUGGAGCUUCAGCUUUUUACAGACGACUGGAAGUGAACUCUGGGUGAGAAAUCGUCUCAUGUGCAGCAUGCUACUGUAGUGCUGCUUUGGCUGGAAUCAUUCACCAUCUUUAUUCUAAGAACCCCAUCAUUACCAAAGAUUAAAGGAAUAAUUCACCCAAAUCUUUAGCAUUUAUGCUUGAAAACCCUUCACCCCCUGGGCAUUGUUAGUUUAUAUCACAGUUCAGACAUUAUGCUGUCAUUCAUUUGCACAAACAUUUAAAUAAGUCCUGUCAAAUUUGACCUACUUAAAGUCCUUGCUGUCGCCAGUGUGAAUAAAUCAUCAUCGCAUUUGGAUCAAAUAUUCUACUGGUUUGCCUGAUCAGGGAUUUGUUUGCUAUUAGGAGUUGUUUUCUGUGUAAAAGUUCUAAAGUUUUUCCAUCCCACCUGUAAUAGAUAGCAUCCUGAAUGGCUUCUGUUUGAAGAAAUAGCUUUUGUCUUCAAGGCCGAUAAGCUAACAGCUAGACUAAGCACAACCAAGAACAAAACGCCAUCCUGAUGUCACAUGAAGCUGUUUAAGAUGGCAGCAGGACGCUUUUGUCUUGGCUGGGUUUAGACUAGCCGUUAGCACAUCAAUCCCAACAAAAGUUAAGUCUAUUUUUCAUGAUUGUUAACUGAAUGAUUAAAUCUAUACGUUGCCAUCCUUUCAGAUUUAACAUUGUUUUGCCUUUUAUAACCAGAUUAAAUACUCCAAUGGACACUUUUACCAACUUACGUCACUUCAUAACUGUUAAGGACGUUUAGCGUGUUCAUUUCCUGAAAUACAGUGCAUCUUAAAAACAACUGCCUCUUUGGAAAAAAUGUGAAAGUAGUUUUGAUUUGUUAAGUAUGAUUUUCAUAUGCAAAACUACUGAUACGAUAUUUUAAGAAAGUCUGAUGUUUUUUCUUUAAUGAAAUAUUUAUAUGGUGAAACUGUACAGAUGAUCUUGUUUGUGAUGAAUUACUGGAGCCUGAAUGAGGAACCUCCUGUUUGUACUGGUAUUUAAAACAUUGUAUACUGAUCCAAUGCCUAUACCAUGGUUAGACAUUAAAAUGAGCACAAUGAGAAGCUAGAUGGUAAAUGAAAGCCUCUCUGACAUGCACAUCAAGCCAUUAAAACAAACUGCUCUGCAUAUGUUUGCCUCGCUAUAACUGCACUGAAAAGCCUUGAUACUGUAUGCACAGUCCGAACCCUGCAUCUGCCUUCAACAAUAAAUAAUUUAAUGUGGAAACUGCCUGAAAUGCUGAUUAUUUCCUUUAUAUUCUGUUUUAGUACAUUAAAGUAAAUCUAGGAACUCCUCCAUAUUGCCACAUGUGUGUUUACCUGCAAGGCCUUAACGUUGGAUGAAGGUUUGGACAUACUCCCCCCUCGGUGUAUCCACUGACCUGCAGAAAGUAAAUUGAAAACAUUCCAUUAUGAGUUUGUAUUUAUGAGUGUGCGUACUGGGGGAACAGUGGUUUUUAAUGCCCGGGAUAACAUUUCAGUUGCUUAGCGACUCUUACAAAGACAGGCAGGUAGAGGAACUGUUCUCUGAAACAUUUAUGAGAGGGACACACUGUCAGAAUUAAAUGGCCUAAGUUUUACCUCUGAGUUGCUUAUACGUGUCCCACAUUGAAGGAUAGACUGUGCAGACAGCAUGAUAUAUGGAUAUAUAAAUAAAAAAUAAUAAUAGUUGUUAAAUCUGUGCAAAUUAAAAUAAAGUAAUGUGCUGGUAAAGUGUACAAAGCUUUAAAGAAACCAUCAUUAGUGUUUUGUUUUUCUACUUGUAAUUGUUAAGUAGCAGUUAUAAAUAAAGCAAUAAAGACAUGGUUAAACAUAUUGGUUUGGCAAAAUGAACGUCAUUCUUGACCCUUCAUUCCCUCCGACCUCACUUACUCAGGUUUCACCUCUAAGGAAUCUGGAUGGUGUAAGUGUAGAUUACAAAUGCUGUGCCCUCCCUGCACUCUGUGGUAGUACUGUUAGAGAAAUCUGUUGAGCUGACAAGAUGAUACAAUGUGAUAUGAUACAACAUGGUACAAUACAGUAUGAUUAAACAUAAUACACUAAGAUGAUGCAGCACAAUAGAAGAUUAAACAAAACGAUACAAGCCUAGACAGUAUGAUACAACACAAUAAAGUACAAUACAAUAUAAGACAAUAUAGUACAAUACAGCACAAUAAAGUAUGAUACCAGACAAUACUACAAUGUAAAACAAAGUACAAUACAAGACAAUACAACAAUACAAGACAAUACAUUAUGAUACAACACAAUACAGUACGAUACAAACCAAUACAGUAUGAUACAACACAAUACAGUACAAUACCAGACAAUACUACGAUGUAAAACAAAGUACAAUACAAGACAAUACAUUAUGAUACAACACAAUACAGUACAAUACAAGAUAAUACUACAAUAGAAGACAAUACUGCAAUACAAGACAAUACAGUAUGAUACAACACAAUACAGUAUGAUACAAAAUAAUACAGUACGAUAC